AUAAUAAUUUUAAAAAGUAAAGCUUAGUAUGUUGGAUCCACCGUGCUCGGCACUGGUCUAUCGUCACUAGUACAUAAUUGAGGAAAAGUCGUCGGUCAAUGUAGAAGCAUUAAAUUAGACAACUGAAUUGUGUAAGAAGUCCAUUGGCUUUGCUUGGUAGCGAAGACAGUUCACUGUUCUUUUGCUCUGUGAAAAUAAGGCCAGAAUUGAUCAAGAGAGAAAACCCACCAUUACCAAAAUUGUGAUAUGGCAGAAAUAAAGCUGCUUGGUGUUUCACUGAGCCCUUUUACUCACAGAGUUGAGUGGGCUCUGAAGACUAAGGGAGUAGAGUAUGAACUUAUAGUAGAAGAUACAAAAAAUAAGAGUCCUCUGCUUCUUGAAUCCAAUCCAAUUCACAAGAAAAUCCCAGUGUUAAUUCACAAUGGGAAGCCCAUCUGCGAGUCUAUGGUAAUUAUCGAAUACAUUGAUGAAACUUUUGAAGGACCUUCCAUCUUGCCUAAAGACCCAUAUGAGCGAGCUAUAGCUCGUUUUUGGGCUAAGUUCCUUGAUGAUAAGUGCUUGCCAACAAUGGGGAAGGCUUUAUUGGGCGAAGGAGAGGAGCAAGAGAAAGCUAAAGAGGAGUGCGUUGAGUUGCUAAAAAUUCUUGAUAAUGAACUCAAGCAUAAGAAAUUUUUUGGUGGAGACCAAAUUGGAUUUGCUGAUAUUGCUGCAAAUGCAUUAGCAUUUUGGAUGGGAAUAAUUGAAGAAGCCUCAGGUGUAAUUUGGGUGACAAGUGAGAAAUUUCCAAAUUAUUGUGCUUGGAGAGAGAACUAUAAUAACUGCAGCCAAGUCAAAGAAUAUCUACCUUCAAGAGAUGAAUUAUUUACACAUUUCCAAUCUAGAUUUCACUCUGCAGCAGCUCCGAAAUGACAACUCUCUGGAAUUUCAAGAUUUUGUGUAACAACAAAAUAGGGUAUUUGGCACUUACGUCAUUAUUUUGUGUUGGUUUUAACUUCAAAAACUGCACAAUAUAAGUGUUAGUGUAAUUUAUCAUAAUUAUAAUAAUUUUUUAAUUUUUAUUA